GGUAUUCGACACAAGCUUCGGUACUUCUGAUAACUGAGCAUUACAAGGUGAAAUAUCUGGAGUUUAGAGUCAAGAUAAACUGCGAUACAAAAUACAGAAAACGUUGUUCUUUCAAGUUCUAUGGUACAUUUGACUGGCGAGUAUCACAUGAUUGAGAGGAGCCCACCAACCUGUGGAAAGAAAUGAACAGUGCUACUGCAAGAGCAACAGGUGUUGAUCCUGUCUGGCUGACAGAUCAGAUCUUCGAGCAUUGGGAUCGGAAGGAUCUCCAGACGGUAAGUUUAGUCGCUUGCGAGGGAUUUUCGAAGCUGUCUGAGCCACUGGAGGAUUUGCUAAUAAUGCUGGAGAGGUGUCCGGGAAAACAGAAAGGUCGGAGCUACACUCUUGGUUAUCAUAUCCUCCAGGAAUUCUGGACAUGGUACAAGAAACACCCCCAGGUGACACUAAGCGUGCUCACAGAGCAGCAAGCAGCGGUGCUCCAGCGGAGAGCUUUGAGCUUACUAACAAUUUGUCAACCAACCUUUGUAGAAAGAUUAAUGAACAUCUACCAGCUUGAAUCCCUGGACCCAGCUGUGCUCCGCCUGCACAUUAUGACUCUGCACUCCCUUAACUGCUACAAAGAGGCAGCAGUGCUUGGUACCAAACUGAAAUUACAGAAUAAGCUGAACAUGGAAGAGAUGUGCAUACCACUCAUCCUUCAGGAUAAGUUGUUGUUGGCAGAGUCCUUCGUUACAGGCCACAAACACCUUGAACAGCAACUGGUGGAGCUCCUGGACUCGUGGUGCCACCUGAACUUCAGUGUGGAACAGGUUCUGAAGCGGUUCCCUUGCUUGUCUCUAUCUAAACACUGUCGUGGACAGAUCCAACCAAAGAUGCUGACUAAACACGUCUUAAGACUCGCAGAGAAAUUCAACGUUGAUCAAGCACUGUGUCCCAAUGCUCUGUACAAGAGGAGACUCGACUCCUUGCGUUUCCUCAUGUACAAGAGGUUUGUAGAGAAAACGAUGACUGAUGAGAGCUGGAGUGACCAUGUGCAGACUGUGGUGGCAGAUGACCUGGAGCUGCACGUCCAGUUGGUCCAGAUGCUAGUUCACUACUGCGGUCUUCAGAAAGCCGCUCAGUGGUCACUGCGAUACAACAUCCCCAGGUGCAGACUUCCCUUUGGGGUUUGGGACACACAGCAGAGUCUGUCUGCAGUACAACAGUUAUGUUUGAGCAAUUCAACUAAAAUCGAGGAGUGGAAGCCAUCCCAGUCUCACUGUCAGAGGUUCUACCAGGUGCCCCUCACUAAAGAUCAGGUUCACAUUGUGGAAACACCAGAAGGUCUCCAGAGAUGUCAAGACAUUGUGUUGAAGGAAGGUGCUAUAGUAGGAGUUGACAUGGAGUGGCAGCCCACAUUUGGUUGUAUCUCAGCUCAGCAAGUUGCCCUUAUGCAGCUUGCAGUUAUGAAGCAGGUUUUCUUAUUAGAUCUCUGCACAAAGGAGUUCUGUCAACACCCAGAUACUGUUAAAUUCAUCAGGAACCUCUUCUCGAAACAGACUGUGCUCAAACUAGGUUAUGGUAUGGCUGGGGAUCUUAAGUGUCUUUUGAUCACCUGGCCCCAGUUUUUAGAGGAGCCAUUGAAGAUGGAGAGUGUGUUAGAUCUUCUUAAUAUACACCAGAAGAUUCAGCGUGUAAAAACCCACAGUAUCAAAAAUGGCCCUAGAGGAGUGCUUGUAGGAGAAGACUCUGCAGAGAAAGGCCUUAGUUUGCUGGUACAACAGGUCCUGGGAAAGCCAUUGGAUAAGAUGGAACAGAUGUCCAACUGGAAGAAACGACCACUGCGCAUUAGUCAAAUUAGAUAUGCAGUGACAGAUGCCUUCUGUUUGCUGGACGUAUACUCCGCACUCUCCAGCAACCCGGCACACUUUGGGCUGCCAGCAGACCUACACACCAUUUCAUCAAGCCAAUCAGACACUGGUAUAUGCAGGAAAGAAAAACAGCCCAAGUCAAUGAAACAAACCUCUCACAAACAGGAAUGUCAGGGGGCUGAAAGGAUCAGUCCCCCUCAUUCUGACACAGAGAAAGACCUCUUGUGUGGCAAGAAGACCUCAGAAUGUUUUCCCCCUCUGCACCCCCAGCAGUUGCGGGUGGUGUGUGACAACAUGCUGCAGGGACUUGGAAGGUACCUGCGGUGUUUAGGAGUUGAUGUAGUCAUGUUGGAGAACACUGAUGAACACAGAGAAGCAGCAGAGGUAGCACGAACUGAAGGCCGUAUCAUUCUCACAAGUGGACAGCCAUACCAAAGUUUGCGGUCUCAAGUGGGUGAGGGUUGUUGUCUGUUCCUAGACUGUUCAGAAAAGGCCAGAGACCAGGCUGUCCAUGUCCUCAGACACUUCAACGUACAACCCACUCUCAGUGAUAUAUUCAGCCGUUGUCAGGCAUGUAACAGUGAUGAAUACUUGGCACUGCCUAGAGAGGACAUGGCCCGGAUGCUCAGAGAGAGAGGAUUUCUGCAAGACCAGAAUGCUGUCCACACACAACUAACAUCCCAUGAGGAGGAGGAAGAUGAGCCUGGUGACAUUCUGACCCCCAGUCUGACCCCUGAACUCCCCAGGUAUGCCCUCCGCUGUCGCUGGGCCCCUCUUUCUGUGCUGGACCCUGACACCCUGACCUUUCCAGGGGGAGCACCCAUACAGCUCCACACCGUACCCCCCACCCUACUGGAGAGGACACCGCUCUUCUAUGCCUGCACCAGAUGUGGCAAGGUGUUCUGGGAAGGCUCCCAUUUCGGCCGCGUCCUUUCCCAGUUUCAGGAAAUCUUGCACAUAUCAGAUGAGGACAGUGAUAGUGUUGCAGCUCCCCUUAGAACGGCAAACGAAAUCUGAGAUGUAUGCGUUUUUCACAAGGUUUUUCUCAUCGCUUCUGCGUCUUAACCUGUGAUGACAUCAGUGUGUGCUGGUCUUUUCAGAGUUCUGUAAAUGUACCAGGAGACCCACAUUAACUUUUGUUUUGCAUGUGAUUUAAAAAAAAAAAUCAUUCAUUAUUUUACACAUGCACACAAUGUUUUUUCUUUUUCUAAUCAUUAGUAGUCACAGAAAAAUGACGUCAGUUUGAAAGUUUGCAGUGCGAGAGUUGCACACAAGGUGCAGUGGAAAUGAUAUUAUAGCCCUAUCGGAUGACAAAGGUAAACGUGUUUUAAAUCCAUUUGUUUGCUUGAUUUUUCUAAAGGCUUGAACCAAUUUCACUUUAAACGAUAAAAUCACUUUUUACUCCUCAAGUCACAUGGCAAACACUGCUAGCAGUGAAGCCUCUGAAUGCGCUAUUCAUCUUAGACCAUUGUUUCAUUUGUGAGAAAUCCUUUUAUU